GGAACUCAAGAAAAACUCGUGCAGCAUAAAAUGGCCAAUGAUAAUGUGUAACUGUGUCACGUGUAAUGUAUUAAAUCUGUUAGUAAAAGGAUAUAUAGUUCGUGUUUACUUAUUCAUUCAAUCAUUCACUAAGCAGAUUUUAAAAGUAUGACAUCAUUGUUUGGACUUCCUCGAAAUGUGUUGGCUAAUCUGUCAGAUACAAGUGAGGUCGUUGCUAGGGGAGAAGACGAGGUGGAGAAGUUGAAAGUAGUUGGUGGGAAGCCGCUCGGUGACAGUGGGAGCAUACUGGACUUUUUCAACAAAGAUAUAACUGAUGCCGCUCGAGAUGAAGUCUUGUUUACCAUGGUAGCUCAACUUUAUACUAUUAUACCAGUCAUUGUUAUCAUUCUAUGUCAAAUUGGGUUUGCUAUGGUACAGAGCGGAGCUUCACGGGUAGAAAGUGCGGCGGUACCAUUUGUAACAAAUAUUCUAGUUUCAGUUACAUCAAGUUUGUCAUUCUGGGCAGUUGGAUAUGCCCUGUCAAGAUCGGAAGGUCUAACGGCCCUGGGAUAUCACCAUUGGUUUAGUCACGAUUUCGAACAGGAACUCUCUGUUGAUUGGCUAUUGCAGUUCAGCCUCGUUCUAACCACUGCUAACAUUGCGACAUCUGGCGGUCUAGAAAGAUGUCCGAUUUACGUUUACUGUUUACUUUCACCCAUUAUAGCAGGGGUCGCAGCUUCUCUGUCAGGCCGAUGGGCGUGGCAUCAUAACAGCUGGACGAUUUCACAUUGCCCGUUUGAAGGAGUUUCUUAUAAGGACCAGGGCGGAAGUGGUGUCAUCCACAUGGUCGGUGGAUCCUCGGCACUGGUAUUGUCCCUUAUGCUCGGACCUAGGUACAGUCGAAUUAGGGACACGAGGUCUAAAAUACUGUUUAACGAUCUUGAUGGACACUCACUGCCGCUCGAGAUUAUUGGAUGGUACUUUAAUGUCAUCUGCUACAUUUGCUGUAACUUCGUUCGUCUGACAUCCACGUGCAUCAAGUGUCAUUCAAUAAGUUAUGUCGUGGCACAUGCUCUUGUAAACAGUGUGAUAGCAGCUUCAUCCGCGUGUCUGGGAACAUAUGUAUUUAUAUCUAUCAUGAAGUCUUUGAUGGGUAGAAUACGCUUUCAUUAUCUUUUAUCAAGGCAACUUGCUAACGGAGUCAUUAUUGGAAUUAUUUCAGUUGCCGCCGGAAGUGACGUAUAUGCGCACUGGGCUUCGUUUGUUGUUGGUAUUACAGCGGCUAUAACUUAUGUGAUCUGGUGCCAGUUAUUAUAUUUUUUCAGAAUAGACGAUCCUACAGGCGUCAUAGCUGUACAUUUGGGCGGUGGUCUGUGGGGAGUUAUAUGUGUCAACAUACUGAGGGAGGGUAAUGGACUAGUUUUUGCAGAUAACACAUCAACCGCUGCAUUGGCAAUAUUAUGGAACGUCAUUAUCGCCCUUACAAUGGCAACACUCUCAGCACUGUUGACAUGCGCUGUGUUACUGAUUCCAAGAGGCUUAGACCUGGUACCUAUCAAACAUGGACAGGAGAUACAAGGUAUAGAUAUGGUAUUCCUGCAACAACAAGCAUAUCCUAUAGUGAUGACAUUGUUACACCAUUUACAACAGAUGUUAUUGAAGAUCGUGAAGGAUUUAUAGAUUCAUAUCCUACGUCACCGCAGACGAUAAACAUGACAUCACCAUCUUCCAAUACAUUUUCAGGUUUGAAUCUUCAGGAGCUACCUGCACAUUAUGAUAUCCAAAACCCGUAUCACAAGUUGGACGUAGAUUUAAGAUCGAUGCCGUCAUUUAUACAUUCCCCCGGGGAUUCAGACCGACGUGUAUGGUUCAGUGGUGACUCGCUACGUGACCAGGUGGCUCCAAUGACUCCUAUCAUAGACUACCAUACACGAGACGCCGACCGUUGGGAAGACAUUAGUUUUAAGCUUUGUAGCUGCUUAUACUUAGUUUAAAGC